ACAAAAGAGUCUUGCCGGCGUCCCCGCCCGCACACUCGCGCACACUCGCGCUCGGGCGCACACUGAACAGGCACUGGCGCCCGGAGCGAGCCAGCGAGCAGCGAGCAGCGAGCAGCGAGCCGGGGAACCCGGGCUGAACCAGCAGAGCAGCCAGCGAGUCGAGCCCGCGAGACCCUACGCCCCCGCGUCCUGUAGCUGCCGCCAGCCGGCUGGUGUCCCCGCCGCCCUCCCUGACCCAUGGCGCUGAAGAGGAUUCAGAAAGAAUUAAGUGAUCUACAACGAGACCCACCUGCUCAUUGUUCCGCUGGACCCGUGGGGGAUGACUUGUUCCACUGGCAAGCAACUAUUAUGGGACCUCCUGAUAGCGCCUAUCAAGGUGGAGUCUUCUUUCUCACUGUACAUUUUCCGACAGACUAUCCUUUUAAGCCACCAAAGAUUGCUUUCACAACAAAAAUUUACCAUCCAAACAUAAACAGUAAUGGAAGUAUUUGUCUUGAUAUCCUGAGGUCACAAUGGUCACCAGCUCUGACUGUAUCAAAAGUUUUAUUGUCCAUAUGUUCUCUACUUUGUGAUCCUAAUCCAGAUGACCCCUUAGUACCAGAUAUUGCACAAAUCUAUAAAUCAGACAAAGAAAAAUACAACAGACAUGCAAGAGAAUGGACUCAGAAAUAUGCAAUGUAAAGUCAAAAAAAAUUUCAUAUAUACCAGAGUACUGUAAAAUCUAGGUUUUUUUCAACAUUAGCAGUAAAUUGAGCACUGUUUACUGUUUCAUUGUAUCAUGAAAUCCUUUGAUUUUUACCCAUUUUACAUGUAUUUCUGAAGCAAGACAAAACAAACUUCCAAAAAUACCCUUCAGACUGUGAUGAGAGCAUUUGUCAUUUUGUAUGCAUUGAGAAAGACAUUUAUUAUGGUUUUUAAGAUAUUUGGACAUCUGCAUCUUCAGCUUACAAGAUCUGCAAUGCAUCUGAAAAGCAACCAAAUUAUUUUUUGCUGAAACUAAAUGUUUUUACAUGAGAAAUGCUGUAUGUGUUGUCUAAGAUGUCAUCAGUUUUAUAAAUCUGUAUUCAGAUUCAUUCUUUGUUAGCUCACUUUAUAAUUUGUAUUUUUUUACUGUAUAGACUAAAUAUAUUCUAUUUACAUGUAUGUCAACUCAUUACCCUUUUCCUGUGAACAGUAUUAAAAAAACCCAACAGCUGGUAAUUAAAUGAAUUAACUGUCUGUCUCCCUUGUCUUAGGGUAAUUGAUUGGUAGAUUGAUUGCAGAUUUCUUAAACCUGAAAGGAUCUUUACACUGUAAUUCUCAGUAUCCUGAUUAUGGAGAAACACUUGUUUUGAUUUUGUUAUACUUGACUUAACUUUAUUGCAAUGUGAAUUAAUUGCACUGCUAAGUAGGAAGAUGUGUAACUUUUAUUUGUUGCUACUCACAUUUGAGUUUUUCUUCUGUGUAGGCAAUGUUAUAUUGACACCUUUUACAGAUAUUAAUGUAGCUUUUUCCAUAUAAAUAAAAUGCUUUUUCUACUA